AUGUAUCCCUUUGAAAGGUUCAUGGGUGAUUUAAAGCAAUCGGUGAAAAAUGAAGCUAAAGUUAAAGGAUCAAUAUGUGCACAUUACUUGCAUCGAGAAACAUCUCAUUUUUGCAGUCACUAUUUCAAUUACUUGAUGUUAACUCCAAGAAUCAUAAGGAAUCUUGUAAAUGUUAACGAAAGAAGUCAAUUUACCUUAUCAGUCUUCGGGAUUCCUGGUCGUCCCUCUGGAAAGAAGGGCGUGCAUUGGCUAACUCAAAAAGAAAUGCAAUCUGCACAUGUUCAUGUCUUAAUUAACUGUGUUGAAGUUAAACCAUAUCUUGAUGUGUUUCUUUAUAAGAAACUUAACAUCUCCUGCUUUCAUAGCACCGGUGUACAAGCAACCUCUGGUCACAUACAUGUUCAUUUUCCAGCAUGGCUCAAGGAGAAAUUGUCAUGCAUUGUUGCACUGAUUCAAGAAAUACUCCAUUUGAGAAACUUUCCUGAAGGCCCUAUUUAA